AAUUAUUUUGGUAAAAAAAUGAGUUAUCUGGCAUCCAUUGUUGCCGCUCAAAAUAUGGAAGAUUCUGAUCAAGAAUUUGAGGAUGAAAUGGAAGGGGAGAUAGAAUAUGAGGGAGAGGAGGGUCAAGUAGAGGAGGGUGAAUUAAAUGAAGUGGGGAUGGAAGAGGAAAUGACUGACGAGGAAGAAUAUGAAUAUAUUUAUGAAGAAUAUAGUGAAGAGGAGGAGGGGGAAAUUGAAAAGAAUUUGAAUAUUAGUGAGAAUUGUGAUGAAAAGAAGGAAGCUGUUAACAACAAUUCUACUAUUUUAUCAACUCGAUCGGCUGUCGAAGAGGCGGUGUUAGAUGAAGGGCUGCGGAGACUAAUCGAAGCCCCACAAGAUGAAUUUGAACGUGAAUCAGCUCUAAACCUUCAAUUAGGCAACAAUGCUUUUUGGAUACCAGAUAAAGAACAUUCUUUUCGACUUUGUAAAAUAGAUGGAAAUGCUAAUAAAUUAAUUUGUGAACAACAAAUAGAGGUUGAAAUAAUUAAUGAAAUGGGGAAUGAAAAAGAAGCAAAAGACUGCGGAGAUGAUUGUAAAAAGGUGAAAAAUAAAUUUAAAAAUUUUGAAGAAAAUUUAAAUUAA